AUUAGGUUUUAAAGUUUGCUUGGUCACCAAGAAACGACAAAGAGAACCUGUUUCCAACUUUUCCAUGGUUGAUUGUAAAUAGUCUCUCUUUUCUUUAUUGGAUCGUAGCUUUAUGCACCCUCUUCCUCUUAGGUUCUCAAACUUUUCUCUCUUACCGUGGACCUCACCUUUGUAGGAUCACCUUAGAAAAACCUCAUUUUCUUUGGUGGGGGUGAGAGGUUCUACCUUAUUCCUGGUUUCAUCCACAAGAGAGCAACAUCUAAGUUGUUUUAGUUUCAGAAUUCGUCAUACUCUCACACCAAAAUUCUUGUACAGCAUGAUUUUUCCAAGAUUUUGUACGAAUCUAAAAGGUAUGGAAUUGGAAACCCUGUACCCUCCUUGUUUUAUGCCAGAUUCAAAUUGGUUUGUGGAAGAGAGCCAAAGCACAGAAUGGAGUAGGGAGGAUAACAAGAAGUUUGAAAGUGCCCUUGCUAUAUACGACAAGGACACCCCAGAUAGAUGGUUCAAGGUGGCAGCCAUGAUCCCUGGGAAGACUGUGUUCGAUGUGAUCAAGCAAUAUAGGGAACUGGAAGAAGAUGUGAGUGAAAUUGAAGCAGGGCGUGUUCCAAUUCCUGGUUAUCUUGCCUCUUCUUUCACCUUUGAGCUUGUUCACAACCACAACUAUGAUGGAUGCAGAAGAAGGCCUGCAGCUGUCAGAGGUUCUGAUCAAGAGAGAAAGAAAGGGGUCCCCUGGACUGAAGAGGAACACAGACGUUUUCUGAUGGGACUUCUCAAGUAUGGUAAAGGGGACUGGAGAAAUAUUUCUCGGAAUUUCGUGGUGACAAAGACUCCCACCCAAGUUGCUAGCCAUGCACAGAAGUACUACAUAAGGCAAAAGGUUUCUGGAGGAAAAGAUAAAAGGAGACCCAGCAUCCAUGAUAUAACCACUGUUAAUCUUACAGAAACUUGUGCAUCGGAUAAGAUCAAGUCUCCUUUAUUUAACGUGUCGCCCAUGAUUACACCGCAGCAGAAGCUGAAUAGUAUGUCAAAAGUGCAGUUGGACUGGACCAGCCACUGCAAUGAUGGAUCACUCAUGGUUUUCAACCCAAACAGAGACAACUUGUUUGUGUCGUCUUCAUCUGAUAUCACUUCCAUGGCCCUGAAAAUGCAAGGCCAGGAUCUCUAUGACUGUGCUUUACACGAGGCUUAUGCCAAGGUAAAAGUUCCAGGUUUCGGCAUGCCUCCCAGAGACUUCAAUAAUGAAGCUAUUUUCGGUAUUCAUGCACUCUAGUCACAGACAACCCUGAUGAGAAAAACUCCACUGCAUUACAUCAUUGUUCUGUAGGAUUAAUGUAGAUGACCUGAAGCUAGCUAGCUACUUAGUUCAUGGUUAUUGAACAUCCUAAAACUGAAUUUGGAAUGGACUUCUUCUGAAGUUUUCCUCUUUAUCUUUUUAGUCACAGUGAUCAUGUCUAUUUCUUUGGAGACCCAAUCAUAUGAUGUACCAUUCAGGCA